GCAGCAGCAGCAGCAGUAACAGCAGCAGCAGUAGCUGCAACCUGCGGUUCUAGGGGAACGUUGCUCGACUGUUCAGCCCGUACUAGGUUAGGGGCGGGGAUCUGUCAGCCCCUACCGUGCCAAUUUCAACAGGAGUCGAGGUCGUUGGAGCGAUGGGCAAUCAUGUGGUGCGAAGCGCUGGGACAACGAAGAAGGCUACCGGCCCCAAGAGUGGAAGCAGCGUUGCCCAAACCAAACCCCCCAUAUCCAGAAGUUCCUCUGGCGCCGAUAUACAAAACACCUCCCACACUCAAUUCUUGCCCAUCGACAGGCUCGCCAAGAUUCUUACAGAAAUUUCUCAAAAAGAAGAAGCUGUUAAUGGCAUAACGCAAUUUGUUUUUCAAAAAUAUCUAUUUCCACACCAUCCCGAACUUGCUGAUAGAUUAUUUUCACAUUUACAUGCUUCUUCAAAAGUUACAACAACUUACUUGGGACAAUCUGUGUUCAAACAUCAAGCUGAAAAAUUUCUUGCCAUUAUGAAUGAUCAAACAGUUUUAGAAAAUUAUGUUAAAAUGUUUUCAGAAAAUAAGGAAGAAAGUGAAAUUACUCCCGAUGGCUUAAGAAAGUUACUAAUGGUGUCAUAUAGAUUAGCCAUGAGUGGCAAUAGGGGUGUUUCUUGCACGCAAAUACUUAAUACAGUUUCCGCUGUUGUUAAUGCUUGUUUUCAUGGUAAAGAUACUUUAUCAGUCAGUUUUGUUAGUAAUUGGCUGUGGCAAAAUUGUCAGCGUAUUGUACAUGGAAUGCACAAAUAUGUCAUACAUAUUUUAACAACGGCAUACCGUAGUGGAAAAAGUUUAAUGUCUAGUGAGCAAUCUGGACCUCAUUUGGUACCUUCCACACCUGUUUUGGAUCAACCAGAUAAUGCUACUUUUUCAGAAACACUAUUAUCUAUUAGUCAUGUGUGGUUAUUAGCUGCUACUUUGCCAUACUGUUAUACAAAGACUGAAGAGGAUCCACACAAAGAUGGGAUUCAGGCGCUGAUAACGAAAAUGUCGGGAACGGUAUGCUUACGUCACUGGACGCCGCUGUAUAACAGCGACCAGCAUGGGGCUGCGGCCAACCGAUUUCUGCACCAUGUUCUCGGUUAUAAAGGACCAACCCUUAUUUUUAUCCGAGGCGUAAACGAUACAGAAGAUCGCAACCAUUAUCCAACUUAUUGUAUUUGUUCGGCAGCAGAGUGGCGCGAAUCUCAUCUCUAUUGGGGCAACGAAGACUCAAUGGUGAUAGAACUUCUACCUAAUUACCGUGUCGUCCAGAAAGGUAGCAAACUUUUGUACUUAAACACGAGCAUCCGAGGAUACCCGCAAGGGUUGCGUGCUGGCGCCGAUCCUCGGAGUCCCUGUGUGGCCAUUGACCAAUCUUUUCAUGAAGUUAACUUCGCGGGUGUGCCUUACCGUAUCUCUAGUCUUGAAGUCUGGGGCUGCGGCGACUCCAAAUCAAGAGAAAGACAAUUAGAAAUAAAGAAAUGGCAAGUGAAGGAGGCUGAAAAGCAGAGAGUUGUUAAAUUAAGUACAUCCGAAUGGUUGGAUCAUCCAGAUAGAUAUUUAUUGGAAUUAGCAGGAAGGCCUUCUUAUAAUAAUUCCAGUAGUUAAAGCAAAUCGGAAAUUUUGUUGGAAUCUGUAUAUAUGUAUAUAAUGGAACGAACUUUAUGGUUAAAUAUCAAAAUUGAAUUACAAUGUUUGCAUUUUGAUUAUUCUCUUCCAAGUGCCAGAAUUUAUUUAUUUAUGCGGUUUUCAUUUAAAAAUAGAUAACUUAAAGAUAUUAAAAAUACAUUGAAAGUUAAAAUAAAUGUAAUGCCCCUGUGUGUGCAUGUGCUUUUUAAACGCCUUUUAUGGAAGGUAUAAAUAAAAAAUUAAUUGCUUACGAAGUCUAUUCAAAUGAUACAAAUAGAAUAUAUUAUAAUACGAUUACAUCAAUAAAUCCAAUAAAUCACAGAUUGACAUUAAUAAUGUAAACAAAUGAAUAUUUUUGUGAAAUUAAA